AUGCCCUAUGAGCCCCUUCCCUCAUUCUUCCCGAUCACUCUCGAGGAGGCGGAGGAGGAGGAGGAGGUGGUCGCACCUCCUGCUAUGCCCUAUGUCCCUACCGCGGUCCCCACCCCACCUCCGCCUUCGGUCUACCCUCGUGUGAUUCCCCCUGCCCCGCCUUUUCCCUCCUCACCCCCCUUGGCUUCCCCUCCUCCUCCUGUUACUCCAUCUCCCCUUCCACCCUCCAUCCCUCCUGCACCUACUCCGCCCUCUUCUUCGUCUUCCACGGCGCCGCCCGUUGGUGAGGGGGGGAUGGAGGUGCCACCGUCUGUGGAGAUCACCGACGGGCAGCGCCUUGAGACUGAGCAGCUGCAAGACGAGAGCAGUAUGGAUGGAGUACAGCAGAGUGAGGGGCAGGAGACAGGGGAGCAGCAGACAGGGGAGCAGAAGAUUGGGGAGCAGCAGACAGGGGAGCCGCAGACAGGGGAGCAGGAGAUGUGGGGAAUUAGAGAUGUUGGUCGUGUGUUGGUUUCUGGGACGACCACUGCACCACUGCGUCGCUCCACUCGCAUCACUCGUGGUGUCCCGCCUGUUCGAUACGCAUGGGCUGUAGUGGUUGAGCCAGCGGGCUUGGAUGACGAGGAGGAGGACGAGGAGUGGACUAACCUGGACCCGGACGGCCUUGCUAUAGUAUGGCAGGGGAGUGUUAGAGGGCCCUACGACAGCAAUGGCCUUCGUUGA